AUGAAAGAUGAGAAAUGGGAAGCCACGAUAAUCAGGUUCGGGUGUUUGGAUCAGCCAGAAGCUGAGACACGUGCAACAGAGAGAGAAGAACUGCGCUUAGUCACCUUUAUCGUUGCUACCACUACCGUUGUUGUGCCACUACCACACUGCUUCGUGUUGUUGUCGCACCGUACCACUGCUAGGAUGUUG